ACAACACUGACGAUCAGCGCGCGCAGCUCUCCGAGGAGCUCUAAGGACUUCAAGCCUCAAACAGAACCCAGACCUCAAACCAACCGCUUCAUCCCAAACACCGAAAAUGAGUGCAGCAUUGAAGUCGUGGACCGUGGUCUUCUCUCUGUUCCUGUGUGUUCUCCUGUACCUCGGCACCGUGGUGGACGCCUACCCGCUCAAACCGGAGAACCCCGGGGAGGACGCGGCCCCCGAAGAACUCGCCAAAUACUACACGGCUCUCAGACAUUACAUCAACCUCAUCACCCGGCAAAGGUAUGGUAAGAGGUCGACUCAGGAGGGAAGUCUGGCAGACCUGCUGUUCGGAGACAACAAUGAGCACAACCAGCGAUCAAGGUAUGAUGAGUUGUACAUGUGGUGAUGCUCGCUGCUGCCCCCUAUCGGUCUGCUGUGCCUCUUUUCCCUGCUCCUGAGCCUUUCCCUGCCCCAUGCCCCCUGCUCCCACCCUGGGCAGCGCUCUUCUCCCUUCACACAUCUCUCCUUCAGCACAUCAAACUGUAUAUAAUUUAUUUCUAGACAGAGAAGUCGUGUCUCUGGAACCAUCACUGUGUCUCACUGAGGAUUUAUUGUUCCUGUUUGUACAUAUCAAUAACUGUGAUUAAAGGUUUACAUGACA